CUGCUACACCGUCGUUACUAGCUUCACCUCAUCAGUCUACCAGUGUGUCAACGAGUUUGCAUACUGGAUUUCUGCGUUCUCGAAGUACCUCAGGAUUGCCUAGGCAACCUUCAUAUACUACUGGAUUUGGGACUGCUUUAAAUAUAGAGACACUUGUUGCUGUCGCGGAACAAAGAGAUACACCAAUUGAGACACCUCCACCUGAAGUUCAGGACAAGAUUCUUUUUAUGAUCAACAAUAUAUCCAUCUCAAAUAUGGAAGCUAAGGCAAAGGAAUUUAACGAGGUCAUACAGGAACAGUAUUAUCCUUGGUUUGCACAAUACAUGGUCAUGAAAAGGGCAAGCAUUGAAUCAAAUUUCCAUGAUCUGUAUCUGAAGUUCUUUGAUAAAGUAAACUCAAAAUCCUUGAACAAGGAAAUACUGAAAGCCACAUAUGAGAACUGCAAGGUCUUGUUAAGAUCAGACCUUAUCAAAUCUAGUCCCGAGGAGCGCUCCUUGCUAAAAAACCUAGGCAGUUGGUUGGGAAAGUUCACCAUUGGUAGGAAUCAGGCACUAAGGGCUAUAAGGAGAUUGAUCCAAAAUCUCUUAUCGUGGAGGCAUAUGAGAAAGGAUUGAUGAUUGCGGUCAUACCAUUCACUUCAAAGAUCCUUGAACCUUGCCAGUCAAGUAUCGCAUAUCGACCUCCAAAUCCCUGGACCAUGGGAAUUCUAAGUCUACUU